UGGAGGUCAUGAGGUUAAAGACGACAACGUCGGAUGCUAACAUUAUUUAAGGCUUUGAUAACCUCAAUUCUCCUCCUCAAAAAAAUUCUUCUCUUCAAAGAUCACCGAAGAAGAGCAAAUUAAAGACGAUGAAGGCAAGCACCGCAGCAAUCGAAGUUAUCAAGUCCAACGAUGCAGCUCUCUUCCUCCUCCUGUGGAUCUUCUCCUUCAUCGUCCUCCGUGCUCUCUUCGGUCGGUGGCGACGAAGGGGAUUGCGCCUUCCCCCGGGUCCCCUGGGGCUUCCGAUAAUCGGCCAUCUCCAUCUCCUGGGCCCCAUCGCCCACCAAGCGCUCCACAAGCUCUCCCUCCGCUACGGCCCGGUCUUCUUCAUCCGUUUAGGAUCCCUCCCGUGCGUCGUCGCCUCGUCAGCCGAAGCUGCAAAGGAGUUCCUCAAGACCAAUGAUCUCUGCUUCUCUGACAGACCCCCAAUCAAAGCUUCUGCCUAUCUCACCUACGGCGCCGCUGAUUUUGCGUCUGCUCCCAAUGGUCCCUAUUGGAGGUUUAUGAGGAAGCUCUGCAUGACAAACCUGCUAGGCGGGAGAACCCUUGAGCAGCUCCUCCCCGUGAGGCGCCAGGAGAUUUCAUCCCUCUUGAGAACGUUGUUCGAGAAAUCGGGGAAGGGGGAGGAGGUCCACAUGGGGGAGGAGCUUCUGAGGUUGACCAACAACGUGAUAUGCAGGAUGGCAAUGGGGCAGGCGUGCUCAGGGAGUCAUCUGGAACCAGCGGACGUCCAGAAGAUCGUAGGAGAGGCCACCGAGAUCGUAGGUAAGUUCAACCUGGCAGACUACGUAGGAUUCUGCAAAAACCUGGACUUGCAAGGUUUCGACAAGAGACUGGAGGACUUGCACCGAAGGUUCGACAAGAUGAUGGAGGGGGUAAUGAAGGACAAGGAGGAGACGAGAAAAUUAGAAACCGGAACUGACCAAGAUAGGCCAAAAGAUCUGCUUGAUAUACUGCUGGAUAUAGCUGACGAUGACGGCGCAGACAUGAGGCCGACGAGAGAGAACAUCAAGGCGUUCAUAAUGGAUAUAUUUGUUGCAGGUACCGAUACUUCAGCACUUACACUGGAGUGGGCAAUGGCGCAACUCAUCAACCAUCCGGCCAUACUCCAGAAGGCUAGAGAUGAAAUAUACUCGGUCGUCGGCACAAACAGGCUCGUCAACGAAACCGACAUCCCAAAUCUCCCCUACCUCCAAGCCGUCGUAAAGGAAACGCUUAGGCUCUAUCCGUCGGUCUCAAUGGUCCUCCGUCAAUCGACCGAAGACAGUAGGAUCAACGGCUACGACAUCCCAGCAAGAACGAGGGUGUUCGUCAACUUAUGGGCCGUCGGACGGGACCCGAAUCACUGGUCGGAGCCACUUGAGUUCAGACCGGAAAGGUUUGCCGAAAAUGGUCAGAAGGGGGUGGACGUUAGAGGCCAGCACUUCCACCUGUUGCCGUUCGGCAGCGGUAGAAGAAUCUGUCCCGGCGCGUCGUUAGCCUUGCAAGUUAUACAACCAAUGCUCGCCGCCAUGAUUCAGUGCUUCGAUUGGAAGGUCGACACUGAUCAGGGCAUGGUGGACAUGAGAGAGGCGCCAGGGUUGACCAUAGCUCGAGCUCAACCACUUGUGUGCCGCCCUGUUGCUCUUCUUCAGCAAGUGCCGCUUGCUUGACACUGUGUCGACCAGGGUUUAAAUGGCCGAUUGCAGCUGGUUUAAAUUGGAUUCCCGUUUAAUUUGGUUUAAGUUCGUGUGAUAGUAAUUACGUAGCGUGAUGUUUGCCAAAGGAAGUAUGUACCUUUUUUGACAAAAUAAUAAAAUGGUGGUGUGAACCAAAAACCUUAAUAAUAAA